AUGUCGGCGGCCAAUCUGAAUCCAUCAUACCUGGACCAACCUAGUCAUCCACGCAUUUCAGAAACCCUAUUCGCUUUCAAAUCGGACAAAAAACUAACCUUUGAGCAAAUCGGCGAACACCUUGGGCGGAAUGAAGUCGCAGCUGCCGCUAUCUUCUAUGGGCAAGCAAGAGCAUCUCCCGAAGAUAUCAGCAAGCUCUCGGAGAUAUUAGGCCUCGACCAUGAUCUCCUGACACAGGAGCUUGGUGGAUUCCCAGAUCGUGGUCGAACAGUUGAAAUGCCUCCGAAGGAGCCCUUGAUCUAUAGGCUGUAUGAAAUUGUGCAAAACUAUGGGUAUGCGUAUAAGGCGGUGCUGAAUGAGAAGUUUGGUGAUGGAAUCAUGAGUGCCAUUGCCUUUUCGACGAAGGUGGAGAAGGAAACGGAUGCAGAUGGCAAUAAUUGGGCUGUUAUUACUCUUCGAGGGAAAUGGUACGUAGCAUUUCUCAUGUUGAAAUAUUGGAACUUGGAACUUGAAGGUAUUCAUAUUCUGACAUUCUUCCAACGCGGCAGGUUGCCCUUCUCCCGCUUCUGA